UCAUACUACUUAAAGUAAGGUGUAUUCUGGAAGCUCGACAAUCAGAUCCGAUCUGCGCCUCAAAAUGUACAAAUUGUUUUUGGUACAGCUUCUGGUAGUGUUCGCACUCUGGAAUGUUUCCGAGUCUCGUGUAUAUACACAGGAUGAACUUGAUUUAUUAGCAAGAGUGCACUAUGACCAGGUUCCCCGACAUCUGCAACUGAUGCUGAAGAGAGGGAAGAAAAUGGGUGACAGCAGUAACUGGUGUUGUAAGAACGGUGCUGACCAGGUGGUACAAAACACCCAGAUGACAAAGAUCGUAGCAAAAACAAUUCGGGAGUCAGUCCAGGUACACACACAGGACUCGUGCGGAUUCAUGAACAGCCAUAAGUGUGAAACUACGAAUAUACAAUAUGUUGAGAAACUGAUAACCUACAUCGACACCCAGCUCGUCCCUAACAAGAGCGUCUGUCCAGACGAACAGAUCACGUGCUGUAACGGAUUCAUACUUGCCGUUGAUAAUUGUUUGGCGGCGGAGGGACAAUACCUCAGCACCUUGACCGAUGCCCUGCUCAAGUUACAAGGUGCCGGACUUCUAGGGUGAACACAUUUAUCAGUUGAAAUAAAUCGAGACUUCAGCA